CUAUGAUAACCUGAUAAUAUGAUGUUUAUAUCACAGUCAUUCUAAAUUAUUAUAUUUCAUUAUUCUAUUAACUAUUUGAUUAUUUCAUUUAUGAAUAGAAUAUAUUAUUCUUUUUGUUUAUUGAUUCGUUAUAGUUUGCAUAGUACAUUUUUCAGCAAUCAUCAUAUUACUAGGACGUGUACAUGUAGUUUUGAUUCUAUAUUUAUCGAACAAUUUCCCCCUGCAUUAAUUAGAAUUAUUGAAUUAAAACGCGGACAUUAAACUAUACUUAUGGACGACCGGGAACAUUAUUUGUAAGUAUCUACAAUGGUAACUCCUUGUAGCCUAAAUUAUAUAUUUUGUUUUUAAUUCAGAAAUGAUAUGCUGACAAGGACCAAUCAGCUGUUGCAAAAUGCACAGGCUGGCGCUGGACCUGGCAGAGUUGCACCCCCAAUGCACAUACCAUCAAUGACUUCUGUAGGUGGUCUUCCGAAUCUUUCAGCUGCUUCCGCUGCCACUGCUGCUAACAGUCAGUUUACAAGGAAUAAUUAUAGAAGACUUAAUAUGCCUAUUCACAUCAUGCCUCCAGUACAUUCCACGAAUGGAUCUACAGUGGGUUACAAUGCGACUUACAACAAUUAUCCCUACAGACCGUACAUGAGCAUGAAUGGAUAUAAUCCAUAUGGGCAGCCAACCUCCAGUCAGUAUCAAAAUCCGUGAGUAUUGAUUAUUAUGUACCUAAUUGUUUUUUUUUUUCAUUGGUAUCAUCAUUGGCAUAUUAUACAUUUUUUUCAUACAAUAAAGAGGUAUUGUAAUCAAUGGAAAAAAAUUAUAAUGACAAUCCAAUAGAUGUACCUAUUACCUACCUAUUUAUUGAGACAAAACUAGUUUAAUAUUAGUAAUAUUUGUGAUUCAUGAUUUUCAAAAGCAAAAAGGCUUAGUUGAAAGUAAAUCAUAACUACUAAUUGUUACACUAUAUAAUGUUAAGAAAAAUUUAGUUAUAUUUAUUUUAUUUUCAUGUACCUACAUGUAUUUUAAUUUAGUAAUUUUUGUUUAUAUAAUCUAUGUUUACCACGUCUUAUGUGGUAUAAAAUGUUCCUUGUUUAGAAAAGUGAUUUUCUUUAGGCUGUAUCUCUUAUACAUGAAUGAAUAUCUCGAAAUCUUUGAACCUAAGGUAAAAAUAUCAAUGUAAUAACACGUUAAAUACUAACGAUAAUGGCAUGAGAUAAUUCGCAAAAUUAUUUUUAGGCAGGCAGCUGAAAUGUAAAAUAUGUUUUAGUAUUCUAUUUCAGCAGUUUUAGAACUGUAUUCUGUAAUCCUCUAUAGCUCUGUGAGGUAUAGAUGCAUUAUAUGCUAUCUACACAAAUGUUGAUUGCGUUGUAUGUUAUCUAUAUCACAGGCGAUAAAUGUGUGCCCCUUGGGCAGUAGCGCGCCCAGGAAUUUUCAAUGGGAGGGAUUGUAGCAAAUAACAAUCGUGAAUAAAUCAUAAAAUUGUCUUCUUCAGUCAACUAGAUUAAAAAAACUCAACCAUUUCUUAUCAAUACAUCAAUUUUUUCUUUGUGACUUGGCUGAAAUAUAUGCAUUUCGAUAUUAGAUUACUAAUAUUUUUUUCAUUUUUUUUUUAUUUUUAAGUCAAUGGGGGGAUAUAAUCCUUAAAGUUCCCUCCCCUGCGUACGCCACUGCCCCCGGGGGUCCGUAGUAGCCUUAUUAUUACAUAACAUACACCAAUAAACUGUGUUUGACAAAAGAAAAGUUAACAAAACUUCUUAAGUAUGAUAAUAUUUAUUUAUCAAUGGGUUUCAACGGAUCCGUAGAAGAACUAAAAUCUCAAUGUGUGAUAUAUUUUGAGGUAUUAUCAAACAAGGCUUUUAAAACAUCAAAACUUAAAACCUUCAAACUAGUUUUAGUUCCAUUCUCCACAACUUAUUCGUGUGAAAAAGCUUUCUCCACUCUUGCUUAUAUUGAGAAUAGGUUUUCGAGACUGAAUAGAAAAUGUAGAAUCUGAACUACGAUUAAAGCUUUCUAGUACUGAACUCAAUGUUCAAAAACUUGUAUCUCAAACACCAUCCAUCGCAUUAAGUAAAUAAAAAUUAAACUUUAAGAAUAUUAAGUAUAAAAUAAUUUAUAUUACAUUUUUAUGCAAAAUUCAGUGUAAUAAAAAAAAAUGUUUAAAUGUGUACGUUUUGUUAUGUCUAUUUACGUAAUUUGUAAUAUAAAAUAAUAAUUAUAAUUAAUUUGGUUAGGAUAACAUGAGAUGUUUUGUAAAAUAAAAAGUUAUUCAAAAAAAAAGGGGGUCUGCGAUUUCUAAAAAUCACAGAUGUUUAUAGAUGUUAAAAAAAAAAAAAAUACCGAACAAGAUGGAGUAGAUUCUAGUAGGUAAAUAUUCGUUGUAGAUAGCAUAUAACACGAGUUCCUAAAGUAAAGUUAAUUCUGUUUUUUUUAUAUAAUGAUAUUAGAUACAAGUUGACGAUUAGGUAUAUUAAUGUUAUUGUUAACUGUUAUUUACGAUAAUUUAAUCUACUAAUAUACAGUUUACAAAAUUACGAUAAUGUCAUUGGCAUCAUACAACAUAGAUACAAUCCAUGUGAAUUUAUUGCUGGGUAGUAUAAUAAUAUUCAUAUAUUUUUUAAUUAUUAUUUAAAAUAUUAAAUAAUUAUAUUAUAUAUAUAUAUUUUUUAUUACCUAAUUCAUAAAUUGUUUUGUUUUAUACACACUAUAAUGAGAAAAAUUAAAAAGGAAUUUAUGCUUACACCAUUUUAUAUCAAUUUUAGUUUAAGAUUCAUGUCCUUGUUAUUCUUAAUAUUUUUAAUCUAUUCUGAUAUGAAUCCAUUUAAGUUGUGCAAAUGUACAACUAAUUGAUUAUUAAAGCUUAAAUGGUCAAUAGCAGACUUUGGUUAUUUUUGCAAUGUUCCAUAUAAUGUAGGUAAGCUCUAUCAGUUAAAAGAAAAAAUACAUACGAAUAUCGGCAAAUGUAAAUGCUAGUUAACGCCGUUAAACACUUUACGACCCACUGGAAGAAUGAUAAAAAUAAAUUCUCAAUGCAAUGUAUUAUCAAAGUAUUCUUGUUUUAUUUUAUUAAAACUUGUGUCUUAUAAAUAUUGUGUUAUAUUUUUAUUUUUGUAGCGUUGUUAUUGCAGCAGCUGAAAAUUCUCGUCCUGCAUUUGAAUCUAUUCAAUCUGUUGUUCAAUCAUUUAAUGCAGUCAGUAUGAUGUUGGAGUCGACUUUUACCGCAAUGCAUAUGUCUUUCCAAGCUUUACUCGGCGUUGCUGAAAAUUUCACCCGUCUAAGAAUGUUUAUGAUGAAACUAUACUCAACUAUUGUGUCAUUCAAAUUAGCCAGAUGGUUUUUAGCUAAGCUCUUUUACUUAUUAAGUAAUUUAUAAUUUCUUAAGGAUAUACUUAAGAAUAUAUUUUAUUUUAAUGGUUUGUUUAUAAUAUACAACUAAACUUGAAUAUUUUCCUUAGGAAUGGUGAGAGGAAAUAGAUUAAGUGCUGAAGAAGACUUGUGGGAAACUUUAUCAUCUACAACUCAAGGGGAUAUUUCUUCUGAUGCACGAUCUUGGCCAUUAGUAGUUUUUACUGGAUUAUUAGUUGCUACUCCUUAUUUUGUGUAUAAACUACUCAAUUCAGUGACACCAAUUUGCGAUUCUCCAACUUCGCCUAUACCACCUACUAACCCUUUACUUCCAAUCAUGUCCAACUUCCAACCACCUCCAAACAGUAAUAAUAUCAUUCUUUAUUAGUUAUAAAUGAAAAUCAAUAUUUAAUUAUUUAUUAAUGUCAAUAUCUAAAGAAUUUAAAAUAAAUUUAAACAUUUGUAUAUCAUUUUCAGGAUCUUCACAAGGAAUACUGAUUAAAUCGCCAGUUGACUGGAGUUGUCAAGAUCCUAAAACAAUUGCUUUGGUGAAAGGACAAAAUUAUUUUACUACUCAGGCUAGGUUAUCAGCAGUUGUACGUAAUGGUGGAUGGCUCUUGGUCGAUGAUCCUUUUGGACAAAGAGGUUAUGUGCCUUUGAUAUUGUUAAAACCGCAAACAUUGAAACCUUCAAAUGCACCUAUUCAAUCUGUAGCGCAAGAUACACCCGGUGAAAUACCCAAUGUUGUACAGCCAAUCAAAGACGUAAAUGGUGUUCCUAUUAUUCCUUCACAUACAUUAAUGGAACUUAAUAAAGUGGACGAUGAUAAUGUUAUGUAAAGAAAGAAACAUGUAUAUGCUUUAACUAUUUUACCAUAUAAAUAAAUAGUAGUUGUGUGUAUAAUUAAACUUACAUCAAUCAAAAAAAUAGUCAUAUUGAGCAAAUUUAAAAUUAUACAAACUAACCAACUAUGUAAAUGUAGAUAUUACAUUGCAAUGGUUAAAAAUAAUUUUAGUUUUUUAUACAUAUAUAUAUAUGUAUAAUAUAUUAUUCUCACAUAUUUUAUAUUAAGGUCUUAUUGUUAUUAUUAUAUUUUAAAUAUAAAUGUUUGGAUUUUUAUUGUCCCUGUUUGGUUAAGGUUCCAUGUACCUUGUACAUAUUAUUAUUUUGUAUUAAUUAUUUAUAUAAUAUUCCAUAGUUGUUUUAUGAUAAUAGACAUUUUACAUUAAGAUUUGUGUAAAACAUAAAUAAUGGGAUUUAUUAUUAUUAUUAUACUAUAAUUUUUAAUUGUUUGUUUUAUCUUAAAAUUAAAAUAUCUAUAAAAGAUAACUUAAUGAAGUUUGCAUAAUAAAUACAAUGUACAUAUUACUUAUGAUCUACAUAUCAGAUUUUUUUUUUUAAUAAUUGCUAAGUAUUCAAAUAUACUGGAGUACAGUAACAUUUCAAAAGAAAACAUUUAUAGUUCUUUUUUAUUGGAAUUCUACAGACAUACUCUUUAUGUAAGAUCCUGAAAGAAGCGAGUGUAUUGGUUUUUUUUAUGCAUAUAUAUAUAUUUGAUUAUUUUAUUUGUUUCAAC